AUGGACCUACUCAUGGACCGCAUCCUACGUUGCCUCCCAGCUCCACCUGAGCCAAUCACCAACACCACCGGCGCCCUCCCUCUCCCUGCAGCUUUCGAGGACAUCCAGCGCCGGCGCGUCAACAUCAGCGCCCUCGCCGAGGACAUCCAGCGCCAGAUCGUCUCCAAGCUCCCCAUGAAGGAGGCCGGCCGCACCACCGUGCUGUCCUCUGGCUGGAGAUACAUCUGGCGCUCCACCCCGCUCGACCUCGACGCCAACAGCCUGAUCCCCAGCGGUGACAACGGAUCUGAUGACCCCGACGCCGUGGUGAGCCGCGUCUCCCAGGUCAUCGGCUCCCACGAGGGCCCAUUCCGAUCCGUCCACCUCAACAGCAAGGCCAUCCUACACCAGAAGUCCAAGCUCAGGGAGUGGUUCCAGGCCUUGGCUAGGAAGGGCGUGCAGGAUCUGUGCACCUCCCUGGUGCGUCUCUACGUCGCCGUGUGCAACUUCCCGUACACCGGCCUGCGCCCUGCCGCCGACGUCCGGUUCCUCGAGCUGCUGGAGCUCGGCCUGUGCUCCGUCGGCUUAUGCGAGGUAGACUUGGACCGUGUGCUCGCCGGUAGUCCCAAGCUGGAGAAGCUGGCUUUCGUCUGCGGCCGCGUGGCGCUGACCCGCAUCGACCUCGUUAGUCCCAGACUGAGAUGCGUGCUGUUCUGGCACGCCGUUCCGUCACAUCAGCUCGCCGUGGUGGACGCGCCGCGCCUUGAGCGCAUCAUACUCUGGGAGGACGACGCAUACUGCAAGACCCCCGCCAAGAUCAAGAUUGGAAGUGCUCCGCUGCUUCGGGCUAUUGGCUACCUCAACCCCACAUUGCAUGUGCUCCAGAUUGGGGACGAACUAAUCAUGGCUGGGACAAGUGCCAGUCCAACUGCCGAGGUUCCGAGUGUCAAUAUCUUGGCCAUUGAUUUCCAGUUUGGAGCCGCCAAGGAAGAAAGGAUGGUGCUAUCAUUUCUAACAUGCUUUCCGAGAAUUCAGAUAUUGCAUGUCAAGAAUGGCGGAUCUCUAUUCAAAACCUUUGUUGACAGUGAUGGCACAUUAUGGAAGAAGAAAAUAGAUCCCAUCAAAUCUGUGAAAUCAACCAUUGAGAAGAUCGUAUUGUAUGGUUUCUGUGGGGGUGAUAGCGAACUAUCAUUCUUUAAAUCCAUUUUGAAAAGUGCAAACAAGCUCAAGGAGAUUUGCAUUGUCUUCUCGGAUGAUGUAUUUUCUACCGGCACAGAAGCUGAUAUGGAUGAAAAAUGGAGAAGGGCUGCCGCUUCAGUUGAAUUAGCUAAUGUGACUCUGCAAAUCUUCAGGGUGCAUAAACACUACACGUGGAACUACAAGACAGCAUCCGAUCUCUUACUUAGUGACCCUUUUGAUUGCCUAACUUGA